AAGCACGAGGGUUGCCCAAGCCUAGACAGGGGAAGUCGAGAUGCGGAGGUCGGGUUCAAACCACGAACAUUCCGGUCAGUAAAUACGCGCUCUAACCACUUCUACUGCUUCGGCCUAGGCUUGGAUAACCUGGCAGUUUCCCAGCCCUCGGGGUUACUUCGGGUGGCAUGGCGACUAGGAGAUAAAAGGGUUUUACAGCUGUAUGAUCGUUACUGCAACACAGUAAAGAUUUGCACGAAAGUUGGGAUACUGUCAGAUUGCCCAAGACUAGACAGGGGAAGUCGAGAGGCAGAGGUCGGGUUCGAACCACAGACCCUUCGGUCAGUGAAUUCGCGCUGUAACCACUUUGAUCAUCUCGCCCCUGGAGUAAUUAAUUCUGAAAUGGAUAGCUGGAUCAAUAGUUGUCUCCCCGAGGGUAAACCGGAGUCCAGUCAUCAGUUACUCAUUAGCGACUGCUUUGCAACACGCAUACCAUGUGCUAAGUUGGGUGAAUUUGCUUACCCAACAGCACAAAAUGUUGGCCUAAACGUUUCACAUUCCAUUUUGUCGACGAUCAACACACCUGUAACUGCGGAUGAAAUACAGUUGGAAAUGGCAGAUUAUUGA